AUGGGGAUCGAACAGCCGCUUAAGGUAGCGUACGUUAUGGGCGAUGCUGACGGUGGCCAGUAUAAUGCGGUCAGCACUGGGUUCGGUGGAGACUGUGACUACGUGCAUCUCAUGUGCUACUACCACCUCAUCGCGAAGGUGGUCGUGCGAACGAAGGGGUUGCUGAAGGAGUUGAGCGAGGAAAAGCGCUGGAAGGAUAACCCCCUGCUGAAGCCGUUCGAUGCAUAUUUCAAGCACGUGUGGUUCAACCAGCCCUUUUGCCGCUGGCAGUGCUACCAGUCUCCGUACGAUUUUGUAACGACCAACAACCCGGUUAAGCAGUUCAACCGGGCGUUGAAGCGGGACUUCACGACCCAUCGACUACUGAAGAUAUGCGAGAUCAUGACGAAGCUUGCUGCGUGCUGCCGUCAACGAGGUGUCGACUUGGCUCCAUUCGCCACAAAGCCCAAGCCGUCGAAGGAGAUCUUCAAGUCUGGACACGGGCUCGGCGACCACUACUUCUACCUGCGGUCUGGAGGUGACGCAAGCAACACCAACGGGGUAAACGUGUCCGUGGCGAUGAAUCGUUGGUUCUCGACUCGGAACCUGUACUCCAGCAACGGCCCUUUCCCAUCCUUCGACUUUGUUACGGCUUUCUUCUCGGAUUAA